AUGGCAAACCAACGUCAAGGCAUCCUCGAUAUCGGCCCGUUCCGGCGUUGGGCUCGUCGUUGGGGCUAUCUAACCGUGGCUUUCUAUGUCAUGUUCAUCCUGUCGCUGCUUAUCCACCCGACCACCAACGGCUACGCCAAGUCGGCAUACGAUAAGGUGAAGUACGAGGUCACCGGCAGCGGUAGCAGCAGCGGCACAAACACAAGACCCGACACGUCCAAGCCAACACGGCAUCCCAUCAAGGACGGCUCCGACACCAUCCCCAACAUUGCGCACUUUGUCUACGGCCUCAAGGACCCGAAAGGGAGUCUGCCCUUUAACUUCUACCCCUACCUGAGCGCGUACUCGGCCCUGGCGCACGCGCUGUACCUGCACACCAAUGUGGGCGAGGAGGCCCUGCGGCGCGCAAAGUCGGGCGAGAUGGGCAGGUGGACCAAGGCUACUUUCGGCAUUCCCGGCUUCAAUGCCAACUAUGUGGACGCCCCGUCGCAUGCCGACAAAUGGUGUGGAGAUCAAAUAUAUGGAGGGAGUGGCGGCUGGCAUGUGGAUGGGUUCGAUCACUUGACUCCAAAGUGCGGCCCUCGACAGGCAGAGUACUAUCGCGGGCUGGUCAAGAUUACCGACGGGCCAUGA